AGAGCAGUAGACGAUGCGAGAAAGAAGUGUCACCCACGAGCCAUUGUAGUUAUUAAUCCUGGCAAUCCUACAGGACAAGUCCUUACCAGACAAAACAUUGAAGAUAUCAUUAAAUUUGCGUACAAUGAACAGUUGUUUAUGUUAGCUGACGAAGUCUAUCAGCACAAUGUAUACGCAAAAGGGUCUGCAUUCUUUUCAUUUAAAAAGGUAAUGAUGGAAAUGGGUGAGCCGUAUAAUAAAAUGGAACUAGCUAGUUUCAUGUCUUCUUCAAAAGGAUAUAUGGGAGAGUGCGGUUUGAGAGGAGGGUAUGUCGAGGUCGUGAAUAUGAACCCUAUGGUAAAAGCGAUGUAUUUAAAAGCAAUAAGUGCAAUGUUGUGCCCUACCGUCCUAGGUCAAAUUGUCAUGGAUGCUGUUGUAAAUCCACCUCGAGAAGACGAACCCAGUUACGAACUGUAUAUGAAAGAAAAAAGUGCUGUAUUGGACUCUCUAAAGGUAAAGGAAUCUUUAAUAUCGUAUUAGCAAGGGCGGCCUUUG